AAAGUAAUAAAACUUGUUUUACAACAGCAUUAUAACACUGGAAGAGCGCAGAAGAUGGUCGUUUGUGAUGGCUACGAUCUUCAUAAGGAUGGACACCCUACUACUACAGGCACGGAGUAGCGAAAAACAAAGGUUGCCUGGUUUUAAUCGAAUGGUUAAUUUGCUGAAGGAAUUGUCAAAAUCGGAUCGACUUUAUCAUAAAGCGCUGUCUUGGGCGUAUUUAGGUAUAAUACUUGAACGGCAGUCUUCAUUUGAAACAACACCCAUGGCAAUCCACGACUGCGGGUUUACUGGCACUGAACCACUGGAUUGUUUCACCAAAGCAAUACAACUUGCAGAUAAUGAACCUGCCGUAUUAAACAGGCUUGCAAAGCUCUUUCAAAUAAUGGGCAAGCAUGAAAUGGCGAUCGGUACAGCGAGUAUGUCAUUGGACGUUGACCCCGACCACGUGACUAACGUAGCGUCCUAUCACACGCGAGCAAGAGUUCACACCUCUUUGUAUAUGAGGGAUCUAACCCGAUGCAAGCAAGGUUCAAGUACCAUGCCUGAGCGUUCCUUGCUUGAGAAAGCAAAAGACGAUCUUGACCAAGUGAUAAAGUCUACACCCUCGCUUCGAGCUUAUAUGGAUUUGGGGCAGGUUUGCUACUACAUGGGUGUGGAUGCGAUCAAAGAAUCUUUCGCUGUAAACGAGGAAUGGAUAAACCAAGCUCUUAUUUACUUCUCUAAGGCUCUUGAAUGCGACCUGGGAUCUAUUCUACCAGAAUUACAACUUCUACGAGGGAAAUGCUUGAAAGUGAAGGGUGAAGAAUCAAACGCAGUUGAAUGUUUUAAAAGAUCGAUUGAAAUGGAAAGGGAUGGUUCAAGAAACUCACAAGCGUUCAGGUGGUUGUUGGAAACUUAUAUUUUAUGGUAUUGCCAAGGCGGUCCAAUGAAACGAGGCGCUAUUCUGAAUGAAGUCGACACAUGGGUUAGUCUUGUCCUGAACAAAUUCGACAACCGGUCUAUUACAUCUGAGAUUCGUACAGUUUCACACAUAUACACACACGAGCUACUAGACUUGUGCAAAGGAACGAUUAAAGAAGGGAAAAUAUCUUUGUCAAGACUCUGUUUCUCUAUGUUUCCUACGACAGUAACUGACAACCAAAGCUACACAGAAAGCACCGACUAAAACUUGUAAAUUUUGAAUUUCUUUAUAGAUACAAUGCGAUACUAAAUUCGCAAACGCUUUUCCAGCUACUUUUUUUCUUUUAUUUCAAACGAUCAAUUUUACUAUGUUAAUUGCUAAACACCCAGCAUACGUAAAAGCUAUAUGUAUUAACCUUGGCUGAGCUGCCGAAAAUAACACUUUAUGGGUUAGUUCCAACGACGAAGCAUGUCGUUAUUUUUAAAGCCAUCGUCGCAUACUUUCAAAAAAUAGGAUCUGGCUUUACCAUUUCGCGAAGUUUAUAAUAUGCUGGGUGUAUUGGGCUAAUCAGACAAUAUUUUGCCUUAAUCCCGUGUUUAUCCUGACCUGCCACGUCGUAGGAUCUCAUCCAUACAAUAGAAACGAUCUCUAAAACGCACAUUUGUUAUCAUAUUCUUUAUUAUUCAACUGUUAUUAAAACCAAACGUAUUUUUACUGUAUUUGUAUUUGUUUAUAUUUUAUUACUUUUAGUUUCCGCAACGCACUUGAAAUUUUCGGAAUGUCAACAAAUAAAACCUAAAAC